UUUCUCAUAAAAGUCGCUCGCUGCCGCACUUAAUUUCUCAUCAUUUCAUAGUGUGAAGACUUUUCGAUGCGCUCGCAUUGUCUUUGUUGGGAAAUUUUGUUAUCUUAUACGCGCUAACUUUUUACGAAUUAUUAAUCAUGGAAGACGCUGAUUUGGAGGAGAUUCGGGCUCAGCGACUCGCCCAGUUACAGUCUCAAUAUGGGGGUGGACCUCCAGGACAAGGCGACCCAAACCAGCAAAAGGCAGCUGAAGAGAGGAAAAAAGAAGUCGAUGACAUGAAAAAUUCAAUUUUAUCUCAAAUUUUGGAUCAGCCUGCCAGAGCUAGACUCAACACAUUGAUGCUCGGGAAACCAGAAAAAGGACGUAUGGUGGAGAGUAUGUUAGUUCAAAUGGCGCGAUCUGGUCAGUUGCGGUCUAAACUGGGAGAAGAGGAGCUCAUAAGCUUACUAGAAAGAGUUGGCUCUCAGAAAAGUGCAGCAGUGAAGUUUGAUAGAAGGCGUGCUGCAUUGGACUCUGAUGAAGAUGACCUGUGAUCCUUCCAUCGAACUGCCCAGAUAAUCUGUUAUAAUGCAGGCCUUUACUGAAGAUUUAAAGCAAGAGGUGUCUUUGGAAAGCUCCAUGGAAAAUGAAACAAGAUGCUAUGAAUUCAGGAGCUUUGGUUUACUAAUAUUUGCUUGGUUCUGACAUUUGUUUGCUGUACAACCAAGUUGUUGCGAGGAAGUGUUUAACUGAUACUACUUUUGGUAGUAAUAAUUUAUUAUUACAUGUUAUUGAUUUAAAGUGUGCGUUUGAGAGUAAAUAUGAAAGACUGUCUAAACCAGAAUGUUGUAACUUUGUAAUAAAUUUACAAUAGUGCUGUA